AUGAUCUCAAACGAUAUGUCAACAAGCGAUGAGGUCAUAACGACCGAGGCGGAAAAUGAUCAGACUUCAAAUACGUCCGAUGUUGAGUCAGAUGUGAGCUCUACAAAUUCGGGUGAAGAUAAGAAAGCCAAACUUCAACGACAAAGACAAGAACGGAAAGCCCAAAAACAAGUUUUAGAGCAGGAUGCACGAAAGCUUAAUCAAAAUAAAAUCAGAGACACUGCAAGGCGGUAUCAAUUUUUGCUUGGUCAUUUAGAAUUAUUUUCGCAUUUCAUUGAUUUAAAGAAAACGGAAGAUGAAGAUUUUAAAGAGCUUGUCGAAGAGAGUGAAAAACUUAAUAACUCAAUAAAAGAAUCAUCCGGAUCCCGGCGUCAUCGAAAAACUGAAAAGGAGGAAGAUGAGGAAUUGCUCAAAGAUGAGGCAGACGAAUCACCGGGUGUUACGCAGGUUUUUACUGAGUCACCGAGUUUUAUUAAGAACGGAACAAUGCGCGAUUACCAACUUCAAGGUCUUAAUUGGAUGAUAUCACUUUUCGAAAACGGGAUCAACGGAAUUUUAGCAGAUGAAAUGGGCCUUGGAAAAACCUUGCAAUCGAUCUCAUUUCUUGGGUAUCUUAAAUAUGUUCGAGAUAUACCUGGCCCUCAUCUUGUCGUUGCACCGAAAUCAACAUUACAUAAUUGGGCAAAGGAAUUUAAUAUGUGGAUUCCGGAUUUCCAUAUAGUUGUUCUGCACGGAAACAAGAAAGAAAGGGCAGAUAUAAUUUCCGAACGAUUAAUGCCUAAGGAUUUCCAAGUUUGCAUAACAUCUUACGAGAUGUGUUUAAUAGAAAAAGCUGCGUUAAAAAAAUUCGCAUUUCAAUACAUCAUAAUUGAUGAAGCUCAUCGAAUCAAAAACGAAAACUCAUUGCUUUCUCAGAUAGUUAGAAUUUUCAAAUCGAGGAAUCGCUUAUUAAUCACUGGAACGCCGCUUCAAAACAACCUUCACGAAUUAUGGGCUCUUCUAAACUUUCUUUUACCAGACGUUUUUAGUUCUUCUAAGGAUUUUGAUUCUUGGUUUAAUUCUCAAGGUGGCAAUCAAGACAAUGUAGUACAGCAACUACAUAAGGUAUUACGACCUUUUCUUCUCAGGAGGAUAAAAUCCGAUGUGGAAAAAUCCUUACUUCCAAAAAAGGAGGUUAAUAUAUAUGUCGGAAUGACCUCCAUGCAAAAAAAAUGGUAUCAAAGGAUUUUAGAAAAAGACAUUGCCGCAGUUAAUGGUGCUGUAAGUAAAAGUGAAAGCAAGACACGCUUAUUGAAUAUUGUAAUGCAACUUAGAAAAUGUUGCAAUCAUCCAUAUCUUUUUGAUGGUGCCGAGCCUGGUCCACCUUAUACAACUGACGAACAUCUUGUUGAUAAUGCAGGAAAAAUGAUAGUAUUGGAUAGGCUUCUCAAAAGAUUAAAAUCACAAGGAUCACGUGUUCUUCUGUUCAGUCAAAUGAGUCGUGUUCUUGAUAUACUAGAAGAUUAUUGUAUAUUUCGGGAUUUUGAAUACUGUCGUAUUGAUGGUCAAACAAAACAAGAAGAUCGGAUAACAGCCAUAGACGAUUUUAAUGCGCCUGGAAGCAGUAAAUUCGUUUUUUUGCUCACAACACGUGCUGGUGGACUCGGAAUCAAUCUCACAAGCGCAGAUAUCGUGAUACUUUACGAUAGUGAUUGGAAUCCACAGGUUGAUUUACAAGCCCAAGACCGUGCACAUCGUAUUGGACAAACCAAACAAGUAUAUGUUUUUAGAUUUGUUACUGAAAAUGCUAUUGAAGAAAAAGUCCUGGAAAGAGCUGCUCAAAAAUUGCGAUUAGAUCAACUUGUUAUUCAGCAAGGCCGACUGACUCAAUCACAAAAAGCUGCUACUAAGGGCGAGCUUUUGACAAUGAUUCAACAUGGUGCAGAAAAUGUUUUCAAUUCCAGUGACAGUACUGUGACAGAUGAUGACAUUGAGAGCAUUUUACGUAGAGGCGAAGAGAAAACAGCUGAACUUAGUAAGAAGUAUCAGAGUCUCGGAUUGGAUGAUUUACAAAACUUUACGUCUGAGUCUGCUUAUCAAUGGCAAGGGGAAGAUUGGAGUAGUAAGCGCAAGGGUCAAACAUCGCGCUUUAGUUGGAUUGAACCGCCCAAACGAGAACGUAAAGCAAACUAUGCCGUUGAUUCAUAUUAUAGAGAAGCAUUGCGGCUUACAGCCAAACCAACUCAGCCUAAAGUACCCAGAGCACCUAAACAGAUAGUUAUCAACGAAUUUCAAUUCUACCCCCCACGGUUAAUAGAAUUAUUAAAACGAGAGAUGUAUCAUCAACAAAAAAUAGCGGGCUAUAAAGUUGCUUUGGCAGAACCCCAGGGUGAGAAUGAAGAUGACAUAGAAGCUCGGGAAAGAGAACGCCAAGAAGAGCAGACCAAGAUUGAUAAUGGUAUAAUUUAA